ACAUACCAUACCAUCAACGAACGACGAUGAGCAAGCGGCCCCGUUCGAACAAGGCGUCCAACGCCGACGACGGCAAGAAGAUGAGCAGCGCCGCGCCCGCGGCCAAGGCCGCGCCCAAGCCCCAGCCCAAGGCUAAGGGCGGCAAGCCGGCGCCGAAGGGCAACGGCAACGGCAACAACGGCAAGCCCGCGCCGGCCAAGGCGAACGGCAACGGCAAGCCUGCAAACGGCAAGCCCGCGCCCAAGGGGGAUGGCAAGCCCGCCAACGGCAAGGCCAAGCCCGCAGCUCCCAAGCCCGCGGCACCCAAGGCCGACGCCAAGCCGGCACCAGCUGCCGCUGCCCCCGCUGCCGACGGACCAGCGAAGGCGCCGAAGAAGCCACGAGGACGGAGGUCCAGCCAGCCAAAGAGUGCGGAGGGCGCGCCUGUGGACGGGACAACAGCGACACCAGCUGCCGCCGAGGCCGAGUCGUCGGGAUCGGCUGCUGCUGCCGCGCCGGCUAAGCCUGCUCCUGCGGCGGAGAGCAAGCCCGAGGCGAGCACCCCCGCGCCCGCCCCCGAGCCCGCGCGCAAGAGGGUGCGCGGGCGCGGUGGAAAGAAGGGCAAGGUGUUCCUCGAGGACAAGGGCGCUUUGCUCGACCUCGUCGACGCCGUGGCCGCGGUCAAGGACGCGGUGAUUGCGCUCAAGGCGGAGAGGGAGCGCGGGCGCGAGGCGGCCGACGCGGCGCGCAAGGACAACGCGGCGCAGCGGAAGAAGGGCAAGAAGGCCGAGGUGCGCGAGAAGGCUCUGGACGCGGCCAAGGAGGCUAUCAAGGCGAGCGACAAGGCCAAGCGCGCGCGCAGGAGGCGGGCCAAGGCCCCCGAGGGCGCGGCGGUGGCGACAGAGGAGCCCAAGAAGAAGGUCGGGUUCGCGUAGAGCUUAGAGUGCAACCAAUGUACUUUUACACGGG